CUAAAAAACUCCAGUCAAGAGUCAAUACGAAAAGAAGAAAAUGGCUAUAAACACACAGUCUCUAUCUCUCUGUCGUCUACACAAUACAAAUCAUGCCCUAACUCUAUUCAGUCCAUCUCUAAGAAGAUUGGAAAAUUAUCUGCAGGUCUCUUGAAGAGCAUCAUCCUCAACAAACCAAGACGAUGGCUAAGAAAAAGGUGGUGGUCAAGGUGUACAACAUGAACGGUAGGAAGCUGAAGUGCUGGCUCUGCCCGAAAUUUGGAGCGCGAGAUAAUCGCUCGGAGGCUCUUAAAAUUGCAGCCACUGUCCCAGGGUUCUCAUCGUUGAGUUUGAAAGGAACGGACCGAGAUGUGAUUGAAGUAACGGGGGAUGAAUUUGAUGCAGUCGAGCUCACCGAGAAUCUUCGCAAGAACGUGGGUCAUGCGAAGUUGGAGGCGGUGGAGGAAGUCAAGGAGAAGAAAGAAGAGCAAAAGCCCCAGGCAGCGGAGCCGCAGGUUGUCGUUGCACAUCCGCCGACGUACAUCUGGACGGAAUCCGAACCCGAACCAGUUUGUUGUACUAUCAUGUAAAGCGCUCCCUCCCUCC